GGACGAGGCGAGAGGCCGGCGGGCGCACUUGCCUGCGAAGGCUGCGGCAGCGGCGGCCUCGUCGGGGCCGGGCAGGGCCUCGGCGCCCAUGUCCAUGUGCCCGGGCUCCGCCGCCAUCACCGCCACUGCCGUGACCCGCGGCGUCUCCCGCUCCGCCUCCGAGUCUGCGUCCUCCUCCGAGUCCUCGUCCCUGCUCAGCACCGGCUCCUCCGCCUCGCCUCCUGCCGCGGCCGCGGCCGCCGCCGCCACAGCGGCCGCGGCCGCCACCGCCGCCGCCUCAGCCAGGCCCAGCUGCUUUGCCGCCGAGUCCGAGUCCUCCAUCCGGACUCCGCCGAGCCUUCCCGAAGGCGCCGUCCGGGGCCGCCCGAAGCGCCGGCUGCGGAGCCCGAAGCAGGGCCCGAAGAGGACGCCCGAGCUGGACCGAGGCCGCCCGAAGCCGCCGCCCGAACAGGGACCGAAAAGGCAGCCAGCCGCCGAGCAGAGCCGAGCCGAGUCCGCCCGCGGAGCGGAGCCGAGGCGAACCGAGGUUGCCCGAGUAGAGCCGAACCUGCACGAAGCCGCCGGGCCGAAACCGAGUCCUGAACCGAGGAGGGUCGAAGUUCCCCCGAAGUGGGAAGCCGAAUCAGUCCGAAUAGGUCCGAGUCCGUACGAGGGCUUCCGAGAGACUCGGCCCCGGCUUUCCUCACUGUCUAACGGGCUGAGGCGGCUGUCGUCCCCGGCCGACAGGGCUGGACGGCUCUAGGCCGAUUCUCGCCGGCGCCCGGCGCAAUUCUGCCUCUCAGAGAGAGCUUAGUGCCGCGCGUUUCGCCCGUUCCUGCAGCCGGCGGGAGCCGAGUCAGCCCGAGGCCAAGCCGAGACGAGCCGAAUGUCCCCGAGCCCGAAUGCUCUCGAACCUCGGUUCUCCACCUCCUCCCUUCCGAAAGUGCCCGAGCGGUGCCGGACGGACUAAUCGGGCCUCGGCCGUGACUCGGACGUCCGCUCCCGAAACGCGGCGCGGUCGGGCCCCUUCGUCAGGAGACGCGAAAAUGGCCGAAGGAGCGCGAGCGCGCGGGCCGAGAGGCUGCCGGGAUCGCGACGGAGCGGCGGGCGGGGCGGGGAGAGGACCCUCCACAGUGCUCUCUUCAGUUCCCCUUCAAAUGCUGUUUUAUCUCAGCGGAACGUACUACGCCCUGUAUUUCCUCGCCACACUCCUGAUGAUCACGUAUAAAACUCAGGUGUUCAGCUAUCCUCACCACUACCUGGUCCUCGAUCUUGCUCUGCUGUUUCUGAUGGGGAUUCUGGAGGCAGUUCGGUUAUACCUGGGCACCAGGGGCAACCUGACAGAGGCUGAGAGGCCACUGGCCGCCAGCCUGGCCCUCACGGCUGGCACCGCCCUCCUCUCUGCCCACUUCCUGCUUUGGCAGACCCUGGUGUUGUGGGCGGACUGGGCCCUCAGCGCCACGCUCCUGGCCCUUCACGGCCUGGAGGCCGUCCUGCAGGUGGUUGCCAUCGCGGCCUUCACCAGGUAGCUACGGACACCCAGGAUACCCCACACUGGGGCCCUCCUCCUGGGCCUGACCAGUCCCCCAGCUAUCACCUCCCCAUUCCUGGACAGGAAGGGCACUUUUCCUAGUGACUGACCAUAGAUGGUUUUGGAUGGUUCCGUCUGUCCUGGCAGGAGUGGGAGCAGGAGCCAGGGCAGAACAAACUGCUGGAGGCCCUGGUGUUGGGAACAGCUGCGGGGAGGGUAGGGACCAGACAGAACUGCCUUCAAGGUGAGUCCCAGGAGCGCACACUCAGCCCUGUCAGUGGGGUCUGGCUUCAGCAGCCAGGCCUCCAGAGACCCCCAUGGGCCCCCAGGGCCGAGAGGGAGGACAGAGCACUUCAGAACAGAGGCCUCAACUCACUGCAUCCCCCAUCACCCCCUAGUUCUCUGAUGGUCCUAAUCUGUGUUCUGAGAGCCCAGUUUACUCCUUGGCCGGGCCCCACCUGUGUUUCCAAGUCAGGCUGGAGACGCAGGACGGGGUAGGCCUUGUGCUCUGAGCGACCCCAGCUCUGCCUCACAGGCAGGCAGGCCCGGGUGCAAGAGUGCACUCUGGGUUCCUAAAGCAAUAAAUGCAAACAAGCCAACAGCUCUGCUGCCUGGCCAUUUCCAUCUCAGCCACACUUCUCCCUUCUGGGGCCUCAGAGGAGAGGUCAGGGGUGAGGCCGGGGAUGGGACUGCAGGAGAGAGAGCAGUCGUGGGGCCACAUUCUGAGCCUCUGUCCACUCCACUUUUAUCAACUUUUGCCUUUGGCACUGAGUGCUAAACAAAUUCUAGCUCUGAUUUUUUUUCCCAUUCCCAGAUUUACUAUAAGUUCUCCUUAAAAAGUAAGCUGUUAGAGUAGCUUUCCCUUCACUUGGUUCUAUUGUGUGUUUUGUAUGUUUGGAAUAAUUGCAGCCAAAUAUCUAGAUAUUUUCUCUUCACCGCAUUUUGUAAAUAAAGAGAUGUGUAUGCCUCCCUGAA